AUGUCAGACUUGGGAGAAAUGUCUUAUUUCCUUGUCAUAGAAGUUGAGCAGAAAAAUGGAGAUAUAUUCAUCUGUCAAAGGAAGUAUGCAAACGAGAUGUUAAAGAAAUUCAAUAUGGAGAACCGUAAAAGCAUGAGCACUCCUAUGUGUCCAAAGGAGAGGCUAUGCAAGGAUGUUGAAGAACAAGUGGAUGAAACACUAUACCAAAGUUUAAUUGGCUGCUUAAUGUAUCUUACAACUACUAGAUCAGAUAUUUUGUAUGAUGUAAAUGUUCUUUCAAGAUUCAUGAAUUGUGCUAAAGAAUCUCUUUUCAAAGGAGCAAAGAGAGUGUUGAGGUAUGUUAAGGGAACCUUAAAUUUUGGCAUUAAGUUAUGUCGAUCGGAAAAUUUCAAGUUACGAGGUUACUCAGAUAGUGAUUGGGACAUGAAAAGCACUUCAGGCUACUGUUUUAGUUAUGGAACAGGGAUAUUCUCGUGGAGUUAA